CUUGGAAACUCACAUGUGAAACUGUUGACAAGUCUUUGCUUGAAAAACCGUAUUUUUAUCUAUAUUAUAAUAUGUUUUACCAUAUCUCUUUAGAGCACGAAAUCCUUCUUCAUCCUCGAUACUUCGGUCCUAACUUACUUCAAACCGUCAAACAAAAGCUGUUUACAGAAGUAGAAGGAACUUGCAGUGGAAAAUAUGGUUUUAUUAUUGCCGUAACUACGAUAGAUAAUAUUGGUGUAGGACAUAUACAGCCUGGAAGAGGGUUUGUGGUGUAUCCAGUCAAAUACAAGGCCAUUGUCUUUCGCCCGUUCAAAGGAGAAGUAUUAGAUGCUGUUAUAACCCAAGUUAAUAAGCUUGGACUUUUUACAGAAAUUGGACCUUUAUCAUGCUUUGUAUCUAGACAUUCUAUCCCACCAGACAUGGAAUUUGACCCUAACUCUAACCCCCCCUGCUAUAAAACUAAGGAUGAGGAUGUUGUAUACCAACAAGAUGAUGAUAUCAGACUGCGGAUUGUUGGCACAAGAGUAGAUGCUAAUGAUAUUUUUGCUAUUGGUUCCCUUAUGGAUGAUUACUUGGGACUGGCAAGCUAGUCUUGCUGUGCUCUGGUUUUUGCUCAGAUGCAUCAAGUACAUGUAACACUAUGUCUUCUUGUGCUGUGUUUUACAAUCCACAUCUCUAUACUCUAUCUUGACGUUGCUAAGCAACUGACUACUUAUCCCCAGCCCCUCCUCCCCACACAUCCAACACAGCAAAACAAGUUGACUGAGUCUUGAGAGAAAAGAGGGAUUGUCAAAUGUCUAUGAAAUUAUUCUGUAUGCUUUGGAUAGAAAAAGAAAUAAUAUUCAAGGGAAUGACAUGAUGGUCUGAAAUGAUUUUCUGAGAAAUAUUUGACCACCAGAACACUUGCUACUCUUGAUGUUUCAAACACUUUACUGUUAUUCCUAGUCACACGCCCCCAACUUGACCUUCAUCACUUGUUUUGGUGUACGUCAAUCAAAAGCAUUUCUUUAAAAUGUCAUAGGAUUCCGACUCCGAAUUCUGCAUUUCCGGCGAAUUUCCGCUUGACUGCAAUGUAUCUAACUUAGAUAACUAUUUAGUUGACGUCGCCUAAAAUAGUAAAGUGCGCCAAAUAACGGUCAUGCUAAUCCGGGGGGUUGUUUUACCAGAGAAUGAGUGAAUAGACAUUCAUUUGUAUCAUCGUUUCUCCCCCUUUACUUGUAGUUUCAAAUUUAGGUGACAUCAGCUAAAAUAGUAAAUAACUUAUCUACUUUAGGUGACGUCAACUAUUCAACAGUUUGACUGCAUGCACUCUAUAUUUACUUAAGUUGGCGUCAGCUAUGUAUAAAUCAGUAUAAAUUACUUUCAGUAAAGCAUCUGACUCAAAAAUAAAAUUUUGAAUUCACCGUGAAAA